AGUGGUUGCGGAAUUGACCCGCCCAAGACGGCCGAACAGCAAGUUUCGCUUUUCUAGUCUGAUUUUUUUCUGAACCAAUUACUUUCAUUUCUUUUUCGGAGUUUGAACAUCGACAUAAGACUACAAAAUAUGAACAAAGGAGUGGAUUUUCUGGUGAUUUUGUCACUACUGAUCGGAUUAUUGACCGGUGCUUACUCCCAGAAUGAUAACAAAAUCACAGUACAGUCAGGACCAGUCAAAGUGAAGAAAGGAGAAAUCGUCAGUUUGUGGUGUAAAUUGAAAACUGACGCUAAACACGUGAUGAUGCCUGUACACUGGCAGUCGCCGCCAACGUUCAAAACGAGAACUGCUAACUGUGAUUCUUUCAAAGAAGAGAAAUAUGUCAUAUCAUGUUCAAAGACUGGGAGAACAUUUAGAUUUUUUAAUUUGACAAUAAAGGAUGUCCAAUUCGUGGAUGAAGGAUCCUAUCGGUGUAUUCAUGGAAGGCAUAUCGACCUUGUGUAUUUAAGUCCUUUUGUUCCGGUAACAGACGUUACACUGACCUACGAAAUCCGAAACAAACCUACAGAACCCCUGUUUCUUAAUGCAAUAAUAACAUGCACAACAAACUGUGCAUAUCCAGAACCGAAGAUUUCUUGGUUUGAAAAUGACCAACCCUUCAGAGGCAAAGCGACGGUUACUGUUACAGAUGUGGGCUGCACAGGGCUGAAGGAGGGCCAGAAACGGACCAGAAGCACCGUAAUAGUACACGUGAAUAAGGACCAGAAAGAGCACAUUAUCAAUUGUACAGCUGAAAACGUUAUUGGGGAAAAGGCGAUUUCCAAGACGAAAGAUGUCAUAUAUAGCAGGUCAUACACUGCUCAAAAUGAUGUGACCACCAGUCCACCGCAACCUGUCAUGACUGCAGCUGCCAUGACUGCAGCUGCCAUUGGAGCCUCCGUAGCAGUACCAGUUGUGGUUGUCAUAGCAAUCAUAAGUGCAAUCGUGUUCAUUCGCAAAAAACGUAAAAGAAGAAGAUCACAAACACAUAUGAGAGCCUCCGCAGAAGGUAACGAUGCUUUCAUAGAUGCUCUAUGCAAAAAUAAAGUAGAAAUCGACAAAGUGAAUGAGGACGGCCUCACCAAACUAAUGAACGCCUCCAAAAAUGGUUUGUGUCAUGUCGUCAAUGCUCUAUUGAGCGGUGGAGCAGAUGUUAACAGAGCGGAUGAGAACGGCCGGACGGCGCUUAUGAUGGCCUCUAAAAAUGAUAACCCAGAAGUCGUAGAGUGUCUAUUGAUAUAUCAAGCAGAGGUCAACAAGCAGGAUGAGAAUGGUUGGACGGCGCUUAUGAUCGCCUCUAAAAUAGGUAGCCCAAAAGUCGUAGAGUGUCUAUUGAAAUAUAAGGCAGAGGUCAACAAGCAGUUGAAGAAUGGUUUGACGGCGCUUAUGAUCGCAUCUAAAAGAGGUAGCCCAAAAGUCGUAGAGUAUCUAUUGAAAUAUAAGGCAGAGGUCAACAAGCAGUUGAAGAACGGUUGGACGGCGCUAAUGAUCGCCUCUAAAAGAGGUAACCCAAGAGUGGUAGAGAGUCUAUUGAAAUAUAAUGCAGAGGUCAACAAGCAGUUGAAGGAGGGCGAGACGGCGCUCAUGAUUGCCUCCAAUGAAGGUCACAUUGAGGUCGUAGAUGAUUUAUUGGAAGCUGGAGCAUAUGUUAACGAACAGAAGAAGAACGGUUGGACGGCGCUUAUGAUCGCCUCUAACAAUAGUGACCAAGAAGUCGUAGAUAGUCUAUUGAAAUAUGACGCAGAGGUCGACAAGCAGUCAAAGGUAACACACCGAAAGUCCUCUACAUCCAAACAUUCCUAG